ACUAUAUUGAAUCAUAAGUAGAGUGUUUCUCCUACUCGAACCCCUACCUCAGUUCUACAUUCUGCUCAACCCUCAACCCUCAAAAUGCCACGAGCAUCCCCCUUCACCCCAGCCUUCGACGACUUAGUCAACAGCCUCCUAACUGAAUGGCACGUCCCAGGCACCUCUAUCGCCAUCAUUGACGGGCCCAACACAUUCACCAAGGGUUACGGCCACUCCCAAUACCCCAACACCAAAGCCACCCCAGAGACCCUCUACUAUACCGCCAGCACCACCAAAUCCUUCACAGCCGCCGCCGUUGCCCUCCUAAUCGACGACUCCCAAUCACAUACCAAACCCUUAACCUGGACAACCCCCCUCUCCACCCUCCUCCCCACCGACUUCAUCCUCGCAAGCCCCACAACCACAAACCAGAUAACCCUCGAAGACGCCCUGUCCCACCGUACCGGCCUCCCAGAACACAGCUACCAUUUCACACCCUCCGGCGCAAGCCCUCAAACCGAAGUCCGCAAACUCCGUCAUCUACCUUUAACCGCUACCCCACGGGAGAAAUACAUGUACAACAGCUUCAUGUACACGGCCGUUUCGGUGGCAGUCGAGAAGAUCACAGGCGUGGAGCUGGGGUCGUUUCUCCGCGCCCGGAUCUGGGGACCACUUGGUAUGCGGAAUACAUAUUGGAGCGUUGGGGAGGCGGAGGCGGACGGGGGUGAUAUAGCACGGGGAUAUGCGUGGGUCUCUGGGUCCGGGUAUAGCGCGCUAGAAUAUCCCGAGUACAGCGAGCUGUCUGGGGCCGGGUGCAUGAUUAGUAGUGUUGUGGAUUAUGCGGCGUGGGUGCGGUGUAUGAUGCGGGGUGGGGUGUUGAGUGAGAGGGCGCGGGAGGCGCUUACGGCGCCGAGGAUAGUGUGUGAGGGGCCUACGAAUCUGUUUCCCGGGACGCAUUUGUAUGGGCUUGGGUGGAGGGUGGAUGGGUAUCGGGGGCAGCGGGUGGUGUGGCAUACAGGGAGUAUUGCGGGGUUUGGGAGUGUGGUGAUGUUUCUUCCUGGGGUGGAGUGGGGGGUUGUUAUCUUCGGGAAUGCGACAGUGAGGAGUAAUAUGAUGCAGCAGGUUUUGUAUAUGUAUUUGUUGGAUGAGAUGUUGGGGACGCCGGGGGUGGAGAGGGUGGAUUGGGGGAGGGUUAUCAAGGGAAAGGUCGAGGGGCGGCGGGCGGCGCUGGCGAGGGCUCGUGAGCGGCUUUAUCCUGAAGUGCCGUGUCCGGUAGUCUUACCGGCCUUGGGGAUUCAAGAGUAUGGGGGGAGAUAUUGGCAUCCUGGGUAUGGGGGUAUGGAGUUGGUGGUUGGGGCGGAUGGGGAGGGACUGAUUGGUGAUCGGCUGUGUCAGGAGUUCAGUAUGCUGAUUGUGAUGGAGCAUGUAAGUGGGGAGUUUUGGUUGGCGAGAUUGCAAGAGAAAAAUAAGGAUCCUCGCGAUCAUGAGGUUGUUCGGGCGGAAUUCAGACUGGGUCCAGACGGGGUUCGUGAAGUGGGCGUUGGUCUGGAGCCGACAAUGAAUGGGGAGUUGAUCUGGUUUCAGAGGAUUGAGAAAUCCUCUACUUAAAGCAGUUACUAGAAUACGACUCAUGAGAUAGAGUAUUGAAGAAGCAUAAUAGAUCGUGCAUAUAGUACUGAAAGUAAUAUACUGGACCAUGUUGAAUGGAUGAAUGGACACGAAUGUAGAUUGUAAACGAAUGUUGGACAUGGGCCAUGUUGGAUGGCGUC